AUGCAAGAAACUAGAAGCUUCAAGGAGAAAAUGGGAACUAAUUUCAAAAUUCAAGCUGCCUCAAUUAGGAAUUUGGAGGUGCAAGUAGGCCAAAUCACUCAACAGUUGGAGAAAUCCACAAAUGUUCUUACCAGUGAUACAAUUGCAAACCCAAGGGAGGAGUUUAAGGCUAUUUACUUGAGAAGUGGAAAGGUGGAAGGAGAAGAUGGGAAGGAAGAAACCAAGAAGAAGGAGUUCACUAUCAGGAUAAGAAAGGAAGCUCCAGAGGACAUUCAUCAAGAGGAGCACAUGCAGCCCACCCUCCAGCAAUCAACUCCAGCUACAGAAGUUCCACCAAAAGAGAGAAUUCCAAUGCCUGAAUACAAGCCAAGAAUUCCAUAUCCUCAAAGGCUCCAAUGGGAAAAUAAGGAGAAACAAUAUUCCAAAUUCUUGGAGAUAUUCAAGACUUUGCACAUUAACAUUCCAUUCAUAGAAGCUCUUAAACAAAUGCCCUUAUAUGCUAAGUUUACGAAGGAUUUGUUGUCCAAGAAGAAAUCAUUGAAGGGGGCCAAAUAG